AGAAGGAUGCUGAGUACUACAAGCAGAAGAUGUAUCUGAACAAGAAGAAGAUGUUGCUGGCUAUGGAAGAAAACAAGGAAAAGAGUGCUCUCAUGGCUGAAAAAGACCACUGGAUGGAUGAUUCUGAUGAGGAAGAGAAUCUGGCCUUGAUGGCAGUGGUUGAAGAAGAAGAGAAAGAGAAGGAUGCUGAAAAGGAAGGAAAGAUGAAGUCAACCCCUGCUGCUGAUGAGAAGGAGAAAGACAAAGCUGAGGAGAAGAAGAACCUGCCUACUGCAACCAAUGCUGACGUAGCGACUGCCCUGUCUGCUGAGAACAGGAAUGCUGACAAUGAAGGAAAGACGUGAAGAAG